AAAGUGAACGCGGUGAAGUCCUUACAGGGAUCUAUGGAUGAAUUUAGUAGGGCUCGCCUGGCGAUCCCCGCCCGGAUGACUUGCAAGGCUCCUGAAUUUAUUCCAAUUGAACAUCAACCGAGCUUCCUGUAACUCCCAUCUGUAGUAUACUGUUCCCUCAUACUCAUCCAUCCACACCACUGCUAUUUCCAUCCUCUACAUCACCACCGCCACCACCACCACCAUGUCCUGGACCAAACAAACCGACCACUGGAGCCGUCCCCUAGACUGCCACGACCGCCUCUUCCAAUUCAUCGGCGAGUCAGGCAAACCACUCGGUCGCGAACACUGGCUCACCGUCGGCGCCGUCCAGCUCGACUUCCCCAACAGCAGCCCCGAAAUAACCAUCCCACCACUCCGCAACGCCUGGAAAUCUCUACGCAUGCGCUACCCCGACAUCGCAGGCGAGCUCCAUGACCACGAAAAGCGCUACUACCCGAUCACAAGCGCCUCAACCCUAGAAUCCUGGUGCAACAACACCUUCAAAAUCGAAGACUCAGCCCAAUCCGCCGACGACCUCUUCACCCACCACCUGCGCAUCGCCGACCCGCACGCAACGGCACAUUGGAUCCCCAGCAGCCAGGAAUUCUGCAUCGUUUCAGCCCACUGGCGCUGGGACGGCACCGGACUCGCCAUGGUGCUGGACCAAUUCCUCUCCGAGCUUCAAGCCCCAACCAUCACCACUACAGCCUCCUUCGACGGCAGCGAAGCCACCCGACUGAUCCCCUCGCUCGACACCGUCAUCGGUAUGCCUGCUUCCCCAGAAGCCAGGAACCCCGAAUGGUCUCGUCGCGCCGACGAACUCCUCGCUACCUUCCUCGAGGGCCAACCCUCGAUCGGCCUGCCCGUGCUCAACCCCACAGCCUUACCCGCCAAGUCUCUCCGCACGGAGCAUGUCAUCCCCGCGGAACAGGCGACCGCGCUACGUCGUGCCUGUCGCGCAAGAAACAUCACUCUCACGACAGCUAUGCAUGCCUCUGCGAUUAUCGAGACUGCGCGUGCGGCUAAUUCUACCGAUCCAUCAUCGCGCUACAUCUCCUGGCAAGCCUUCGAUCUCCGCAAAUACCUGCCCCCACCCUACGACGGCCCCAUCCACGGCCCGUCCCUGCGCAUGGUCGGCCUCCCACUCAAUGUCGAAGCCACGCCCACAACAAGCUGGUCGAACCUCGUGGAUACCAUUCAGCCGCUGUACCGCCAGUCGUGGAAUCUGGCCGACAGUGACAUGAUGUUUGUACGGGUGCCGUUCGUGGAAAAGGCCACAGCCAUGUUCCAGGCUGCUGCUGCUGCGGGGGCGGCGCAGCCGACAGAACCAAAUAUUAAUAGUUUGGGGCCUGUGGAUCGGUUAAUCAGGGAGAGUUAUGGGGAGGUCAAGGUCAAGGGUUUGGUGCUGAUGGUGCAGAUGUUGGCGCAGCAGUUGUAUGUGCAUUGUUGGAGUUGGAGGGAUGAAUUGCAUUUGAGUGCCAGUUAUAAUGAGGCGUAUUAUGAACCGGUGUUUGUGGAGGCGUGGUUGAGGGAGAUGAAGGAGAAUAUGGUGCGGAAUUUGUUGGAGGAUACUACGGAUACGAAUAAGGGUGCGUUGCUUUGAUGGGUAUUUCUAUAUUACUUAUCUAUCCCCCCUUUUUGUUCUUUUGCGUUUUGUUUGUUUAGAGGUAUGUUGCGUGGUUCUAACAAUUGAUAGAAACUAUCGUCGGUUGAUUAUCGGCACUGUACAGUUGAUACUUCUAGGUUUGAAUGGGUGUUGGUUGGUUGGGUGUGGAAUACGCUUGUUAACGCUACAGUGACUUGAGUAAUGCAGGAGCUGAAACCAUCGAAAUCAUGUUACGUGU